AUGCCCCUCUUUGCUCUCCGCGCAACGGUCGCUCGGUCGUUUCUCCCCCGGUUUUCUCUCUGUGCUCGUGCUUCUCUCCCUCCUCGUCGCUUUUACUACGGCUAUAUCAGUGACUCCAAAAUGGCGCCGCAGCUGGAAUCCUUCUUCAAGCAAGUCGAUGAAUCGUCUGUCUCCUUCAUCGAUCGUCUGCGAAAGGCGGUUGCGAUUCCUUCCGUCUCCGCGCAAGAUGAGAACCGAAAGGAUGUGUUCCGGAUGGCUCAAUUCCUCGCUUCUGAACUAGAGGCUCUGGGCGCUGAGGUGCACCAGAGACCCCUGGGCAAGCAGCCUGGCAAGGAACACCUCGAUCUCCCACCGGUGGUCAUCGCCCGCUACGGCAAUGACAAGAACAAGCGCACCAUCCUGGUCUACGGCCACUAUGAUGUGCAGCCCGCCCUGAAGGAAGAUGGCUGGGCCACCGAGCCCUUUGAGUUGACCAUCGAUGACAAGGGUCGGAUGUAUGGCCGCGGUAGCACGGACGACAAAGGCCCCGUUCUUGGCUGGCUCAACGUGAUUGAGGCUCACCGCAAAGCCGGUGUUGAGCUGCCUGUCAAUCUGCUGUGCUGCUUCGAAGGCAUGGAGGAGUAUGGCUCGGAGGGUCUGGAUGAGUUUAUCCAAGCCGAGGCCAAAAACUUUUUCAAGGAUGCCGAUGCCGUUUGCAUUUCAGAUAACUACUGGCUGGGUACUGAGAAGCCUUGCCUGACCUAUGGCCUGCGCGGCUGCAACUACUACUCCGUGAGCGUCUCCGGCCCUGCUCAGGAUCUCCACAGCGGUGUCUUUGGUGGCUCUGCUCACGAGCCCAUGACCGAUUUGAUGACCGUGUUGUCGAAGCUGGUGGACCCUCAGGGCAACAUUCUCAUUCCGGGCAUCAUGGACCUGGUGGCUCCUCUGACGGAGGAGGAGAAAAAGUUGUACCCCAACAUCAGCUACACCAUGGACAACCUGCACGAGUCUCUGGGCAGUGAAACGGGCAUCCACUCCACCAAGGAGCGCACCCUCAUGGCCCGGUGGCGCUAUCCGUCCCUGUCUAUCCACGGCGUGGAAGGCGCCUACUCCGCCCCCGGAGCGAAGACGGUCAUCCCGGCCAAGGUGAUUGGCAAGUUCUCGAUCCGCACCGUGCCUAACAUGGAAAGCCCCGAUGUGAACAAGCUCGUAUUCGACCACAUCAAGGCCGAGUUUGCCAAGCUUAACAGCAAGAACAAGCUGGAUGUGUGGCUGCAGCACGAUGGCAAGUGGUGGGUGGCCAGCCCCAAGCACUGGAACUUCACCGCCGCCAGCAAGGCCGUGGAGCAGGUCUUUGGUGUCCAGCCUGAUCUGACUCGCGAGGGUGGAAGUAUCCCGGUCACCUUGACCUUUGAGCAAGCCACAGGCAAGAACGUUCUGCUUCUCCCCAUGGGCAGCUCGACUGAUGCCGCGCACUCGAUCAACGAGAAGCUUGACCGGAGGAACUACAUUGAGGGCACCAAGCUGCUUGGAGCCUAUCUGCACUACGUAGCGGAAGAGCCCAUUGCAUAG